GCGCGGGCGAGUUGGUAAACAGAUCCGGAGCGCGUGCUGGGCCUCAGCGCUGCGGUGAGCGCGCGGGCGCUGCGCGAAGGUGACCGCGGAUCCCAGGCUCCAGCAGCCAGCCCUGAAGGAUGGCUGCCGUGCUGGGGGACGCCAUCAUGUUGAUCAAAGGCCUUGCCAAGCUGACCCAGGCGGCCCUGGAGACACACCUGCAGUACUUGGGCCUCGGUGGGGAGCUUCUCAUGGCAGCCAGGGCCCUGCAGUCCACAGCUGCGGAGCAGUUCGGCGUGGUGUUUGCGAGCAUGCCGGGUCAGGAGAAACACGAAGAGCCUUACACCGAGAGCUUUGAUGACCUGGAGGCAGAGCUCCACUUCCCGGGGCCACAGGCAGUAGGAGAUGCUGCACAUUUCUCUGCAGCCUCUGACCCGCCGUCCUCGCCACCCCUGGACCAGACCCGCAGUGAGGGCCCAGCUCCUGCCUACGCAGCCAGUGGACCUUUCAGGGAAGCCAGGCGCCCGGGCUGGGCCACCUCCCCUCUGGGAAUGGUGAACGGGAAGCUCUUUGUAGACUGCCGAGACCCAUACUCUAUCACGGGCGUGCAGCGAAGGUUCUUCCACCAGGACCAGUCCCCCAUGGGGGGCCUCACGGCAGAGGACAUCGAGAAGGCCCGGCAGGCCAAGGCGCGCCCGGAGGGCAAGCCCCACAAGCAGACGCUCAGUGAGAGAGCUCGGGAGCGGAAGGUACCAGUUACGCGGAUUGGUCGGCUGGCCAACUUUGGAGGUCUGGCUGUGGGUCUGGGCUUUGGGGCGCUGGCUGAAGUUGCCAAGAAGAGCCUUCGCCCUGACGACCCCACAGGGAAGAAGGCUGUGUUGGACUCCAGCCCCUUCCUGUCAGAGGCCAACGCCGAGCGCAUCGUGAGCACGCUGUGUAAGGUGCGCGGGGCUGCGCUCAAGCUGGGUCAGAUGCUGAGCAUCCAGGAUGACGCUUUCAUCAACCCCCAUCUGGCCAAGAUCUUCGAGCGUGUGAGGCAGAGUGCCGACUUCAUGCCAUUGAAGCAGAUGAUGAAAACCCUCAACAGUGACCUGGGCCCCAACUGGCGGGACAAGCUGGAGUACUUUGAGGAGCGGCCCUUCGCAGCCGCCUCUAUCGGGCAGGUGCACCUGGCACGCAUGAAGGGAGGCCGUGAGGUGGCCAUGAAGAUCCAGUACCCCGGCGUGGCCCAGAGCAUCAACAGUGACGUCAACAACCUCAUGGCCGUGCUGAACAUGAGCAACAUGCUUCCAGAAGGCCUGUUCCCUGAGCACCUGAUUGAUGUGCUGCGGCGGGAGCUGGCCCUCGAGUGUGACUACCAGAGAGAGGCUGCCUGCGCCAGGAAGUUCAGAGAGCUACUGAAGGACCACCCCUUCUUCUACGUGCCCGAGAUCGUGGACGAGCUGUGCAGCCCCCACGUGCUGACCACUGAGCUGGUGUCUGGCUUCCCUCUGGACCAGGCUGAGGAGCUGAGCCAGGAAAUUCGCAAUGAGAUUUGCUACAACAUCCUGGUUCUGUGCCUGCGCGAGCUGUUUGAGUUCCACUUCAUGCAGACAGACCCCAACUGGUCCAACUUCUUCUAUGACCCUCAGCAGCACAAGGUGGCCCUUCUGGACUUUGGGGCAACUAGGGAAUUUGACAGGUCCUUUACCGACCUUUACAUCCAGAUCAUCAGGGCUGCUGCUGACAGGGACCGGGAGGCCGUGCUGAAGAAGUCCAUAGAAAUGAAGUUCCUCACCGGCUAUGAGGUCAAGGCCAUGGAAGAUGCCCACUUGGAUGCCAUCCUCAUCCUGGGGGAGGCCUUUGCCUCGGAGGAGCCCUUUGAUUUUGGCACCCAAAGCACUACCGAGAAGGUCCACAGCCUGAUUCCUAUCAUGCUGAAGCAUCGCCUUGUCCCCCCGCCCGAGGAGACUUACUCCUUGCACAGGAAGAUGGGGGGCUCUUUCCUCAUCUGCUCCAAGCUGAAGGCCCGGUUCCCCUGUAAAGCCAUGUUUGAGGAGGCCUACAGCAACUACUGCAAGAGGCAGGCUGCGCAGCAGUAGCCCCGGGGCCCCCACCUGGCCCCUGGUCACCGUCCAAGCCUGUUCCCGCAGCGGCACGCUCCAUAUGUCACACAGGCGAAGCCGUAGUAGGAAGAUGGCAGUGUUGACGCGCCUUGAAACUGCUUUGCCCAAUAAGGGGGAAGGGAGGCUGCCGGGAGCCCCCCGUGGCCACUACUUCCACACGGUUUUUACUGCUCAAAGGGUGUAGCUUGAGAAGCCUAAGAACGAGAAUGAAACCCCAACUUCUCUUCGUGGAAAUACAGGUAGUCCCCGGAUUAUGAACGUCGACUGUACCUCUAAAAAAAAAAAAAAAAAAAAACUCUAGAUAAAGAUAAAAAGGCAAUUUUCUUUUCUUUUUCUGACAGGGGUUUUUCUAAUGUGAAUGUUAACCAGGAGAUGAGAGUACCCCCCUCUAACCCCCCACCAAAAAAAAAGAAGCCUUUUGGAUAACCUUGACUGUGUAGCGUCAGGUUUGUGUGUAAAUGUGUUUCUAGAAUGAAAUUUGUGUUUUCUGCCCUUUU